GAAAAGGUUGAGCUAGCCUCUUGCUUGUUUGGGAUCUCAUUGACAAUAGAGGAAUACAUGAUUAGAAGAAGGAAGGGAGAGAUAGCCGGCGAGACACAGCUAAUUGAGUUAAGAAGAAGAAGAAGAGCAAAAUCCAUCGCAAUAGCUUGCUAGCUAGUUAGCCAGUACUGGUAUAAUUAAUUAUUGGUGUGAAAGCAGAAGGAAUUGAUCGAUCGAUCGAUCGAUCAGCAAGCAGAGGUAGUGAGAUGGUGAGAGCUCCUUGCUGUGAGAAGAUGGGUCUGAAGAAGGGGCCUUGGACCCCUGAAGAAGAUCAAAUUCUCAUCUCUUUUGUCCAAAAAUACGGCCACGGCAACUGGCGUGCGCUUCCCAAACGAGCCGGUCUGUUAAGAUGUGGGAAGAGUUGCAGACUUCGGUGGAUGAAUUACUUACGACCGGACAUUAAGAGGGGAAACUUCACUAGUGAAGAAGAGGAAAACAUCAUCAAGCUACAUGAAAUGAUGGGGAAUAGAUGGUCUGCUAUCGCGGCGAGACUGCCCGGACGGACCGACAACGAAAUCAAGAACGUGUGGCACACCUACCUCAAGAAGAGGCUCAAACAAAACCACACCACCCCUGAUCCCCCCAACAACAAGAAUACCAGAAAUUCCACUCACACUGCAAAAUUUAAUACCAAUAAACCACAUCAUCAAUAUGGAAACUCGAAUAACGACAUCAAUAUUCUAAUUCCUUCGAGCCCCGGAGUCGAAAGUUGCCGGGCGGCGUCCCCGCAGCCGUCCUCCAGCGACCUCUCGUCGGAAACAUUAAGCAACAACACUGGAAUGAUCAAGAAGGAAGAAGCGUCCAUGGAGGGUUCUAUCUUUCAUCAUCCCGAGAUUGACGAGAGCUUCUGGUCGGAAGAACCCGCGUCGUCGGAAUUUUUUCCGUCAGCCGGCGAAUCGGAGCUUCAGUUUCCCUUCUCUGUGCUGGGACCUGCUGCUUAUUCCGACAGCGGGUGCAGUGCUAGUUCAUCAUCAGGCAUUGAAGAUGGGAUGGGGUUUUGGUAUGAUCUAUAUCUCCGGGCUGGGGGUUUACCAGAGUUCUGAGAGAUUAUGCGCUUGGCAGCUCUGAUAGUACACCAAAUUUGACUUAAUUUCCUUUCUUGGGUUCCCCUGUUUUUGACCGUUAACCAGAAGACUGUAUAAAUUAAAUACUUGGAUCCGUACAAUGUCGAUGUGAAGCGAUUUAAAAGCUUGGAAGGAUAUGACAUGAUAUGCUAUGAUAUCGAAUGAUGCAUUGAUGAAGAAUACAAUUAAGGGUAGUCCAGUUAAAAGCAAGUCUUCCGCAGUGGGGAUUUUCCAUUGAGAAGAUGAGCGCGGUGGUGCAUGCAUGGUAGUGUCAAUUGGGGAAAGAGGGAAGAAUUGACUUACGAAAUAGUGUGCAAUUUUGUACUUCAAGGAAAUUACAUAUGUAGGACUAAAGAAUUUUUGUAUGAUAUAUGUUGUCCUUAUAAUUAACUUUCGUGUAUCUGUC